CCGUUGUUUUUGCGGACCCAUUGAAGUGAAUGGUUCCGCAUACGGUCUGCAAAAAAAAACAAAACGUAACGGAAGCGGAAAGAAAAUACGUUUGUGUGCUUGAGCCCUAAGAAGCAGCGUUUGCACAGAGCAGUUAUCUGAGCCCUCCCCACGUCUGUACGCCUUGCUGGAGAGGAUCUGCGUACAGUAGGUUUCUGCGCACCGCCUUCUCAGGUGUACCUCCUGUGCAGACGCCGAGAGCUCUGGGGAUUCUUGUCUCCUCCUUGGCCGCCCCUUUGUGCCAAGACAAGGAGUUCACCAUGUUAUUCCUGGUCUUGACGCUGAAAGGAGAAGACAUGGAAUAUUCCUCCUGGCGCUGGAAACCUGCAAAUUAUCAAGAUAAGAUGAGCGGCUGCAGAGUAUUUAUAGGGAGGCUGAGUCCUCAUGCUCGUGAAAGAGAUGUGGAGAAGUUUUUCAAGGGAUAUGGUCGUAUCCGAGAAAUUAACUUGAAAAGUGGAUUUGGUUUUGUGGAAUUUGAAGACCACCGAGAUGCAGAUGAUGCAGUAUACGAGCUGAAUGGAAAGGAACUAUGUAGUGAAAGAGUCACAAUUGAACACGCCAGAAAUCGAAGAGGAAGAGGAGGCAUGAUGGGUGGUGGAGGAGGGCGUUACCCAAUGCGCUUUGGCUACCGUCAGUCAAACAGUGGUGGACCCAGGUAUGGACCCCCAGUACGAACAGAGCAUCGAAUAAUUGUGGAAAACCUCUCCUCGCGUGUCAGCUGGCAGGAUCUGAAGGACUUCAUGAGAAAGGCUGGAGAGGUCACAUAUGUGGAUGCACACAGGAGUAACAGAAAUGAAGGGGUCGUGGAAUUUGCAUCCUACAGUGAUAUGAAGAGUGCUUUAGACAAGUUGGACGGCACGGAGCUUAGUGGUCGAAAAAUAAAGCUGAUUGAGGAUCGCAAAAAACACAGAAGUCGCUCUAGAUCAAGAAGCUACUCCAGAUCCCGCAGCAAGUCCAAGUCUCGUGGAUCGUCCAGGUCUGCAAGCAGAUCCCGCUCUCCCAGCCGUACACCUGAAAAGAAAUACAGUCAGAAAUCGAACAGCGGUGAACCUUCCCAGAGCUCCCCCAAACGUCAGUCCCGAUCCAGUUCAGCGGAGAGCCGCGGUUAGAUGACACCUACCAUGUGUGGAACUGCUGAAUGAAGGUUAUGUGCCCCAUGGCUGGGGGUGAAAGAUUUCCACUGUUUAAUGUAACCAAAGCGCCUGUAAAAUCUGACAUAUAAAAGAGGGCCUAGUGCUUUGAUUUUGUAAAUCUGCGAUCUGGCGCUUCUGCCUAGACUAUGCGAUGGGCAGGGCUCAUGUAACCCUCCCUAUUUGACGCGUGUUUCACUGUGUAGAUAGGUGAAACUUGUCUGAGAUUUCUCAUUUUCUGACUUGUUUAUAAAGUAAAUGAAGACAUGUCUUUAGAUUGAGUUAUAGACAUCACAUACUGCCCUAUUCUUUAUAAGUGACACUGACAGAAAAUGUAAGUUUCAGCGAAUAUAUGUAUAAAAUUAUCAUUAGUGUUCUAGUAGCGCAUGUUACAUCAGGUAGGUGUCAGUUAUUUACAGCCAAAGUCUGUUUGAUUUGUCUCCUUAGAUUGGCUUUAUUAGUUAUUGUAAAUGUGAAGGAUGAGACCCAUUAAUACUACAAAAUGUAGAUUUUUCCAGCUUCAUUUAGCGUUUUACAAAAUUUCAAGGACAGGUUUUUUUUGUGUUUUUUUUUCUUUAAACUUUUUGUAACUUUACGAUUUUUUUAGUUUUUGUGUUAAUUAAUCCUGUUUGCUUUUGUGGCUAGUAACAUAGGUGUUUGCUAGGCAAUAGUUUGAAACAGUUUGUCCAGUUUUGAUCUGUAUUGCAUUCUCAUGCUUUUGGUUAAUUAAAGAGAAAACUUUAAAGGCAAAUUUUUAAAGCAAA